AUGCCUCUCUCCUUCGACGUUCAGACCAACGAGACUGCUGCUCAAUUAGUAGAUACUCUGCGAAGUGCAUUCAACACACCAAAAGAGUUCCGACCAGCUCACGCCCGAGGCAUACUCAUCAAUGGCAAAUUUACGCCAACAUCAGAAGCCGCGUCCCUCAGCAAGGCACCACAUUUUAGUCAAGAAUCAACACCAGUAACCGUCCGUUUCUCGAACUCGACCGGGCUGCCCCAGAUUCCCGACAAUGAAAAUGAUGCUAACCCACGCGGCUUCGCUCUGAGGUUCAACCUCCCGGAGAAAGAUGGACGUCGUCAGCACACCGACAUCAUUGCACAUUCGACUCCCUUCUUCCCGGUGAACACAGGUCAAGAAUUCCUGGAACUCCUCAAGGCUAUUGGCGGUUCCGGCGACCCCAACACUCCAAAACCUACGCCAAUCGAGACUUUCCUGAGCCAGAACCCUGCGGCCGCAGCCUUUGUCCAAGCCCCUAAACCCACGCCGGCGAGUUUCGCAACUGAGAAUUACUUUGGCGUAAAUGCAUUCAAGCUCGUCGACUUUGAUGGCAAGGGCACAUUUAUUCGAUGGCGCAUCACGCCUGACGCCGGAACAUCGCACCUGUCCGACGAGGAAGCCAAAAGCAAAGACCCGGCGUUCUUGCACAACGAGAUUCAAACCCGCAUCAUUGACGGAAAGCCAUCAAUGAGUCUCUGGGCUCAGAUUGCCAACGAGGAUGACAAGACUGAUGCAGCAACUGUCUAUUGGCCCGAAGAUCGCAAACUGGUCAAGAUUGGCACGAUUUAUCUCGAGUCCGUGGCCGACGACAAUGACGAGAGGCAGCGCAACAUCAUCUUCGAUCCUGUACCGAGAGUCGACGGUGUCGAGCCCAGUGAAGAUCCUAUCAUUGAUAUGAGAGCCAGCAUCUACUUGAUCUCCGGAAAGGAACGAAGAGCGGCUGGAGCUCAUCAUUGA